GAAGCCAACCUCACGAAUCACACGUCUCUUCUUAUAUAUGCUUAAUUUCUUUGUUCUCUCUAUAUAUUAUUAAUAUUGCAUUGUGUUUCAGUUUUAACUUUCUAUUUGAAACUAGCUAGCUAAGCAUGGACGUGAUCACAAGCAUGGUAGCUGAAAAGCCGGUGGUGAUAUUCAGCAAGAGCACAUGUUGCUUGAGCCACUCCAUGACAUCACUGAUACGUAGCUUUGGCGCAAACCCCACCGUUCACGAGCUCGAUGAAAUGGCGAAUGGGCAGCAGAUUGAGAGUGCAUUGCUUCAAAUGGGGUGCCAACCAAGUGUUCCUACUGUGUUCAUAGGACAACGGUUCAUAGGUGGUUCUAAGAAAAUUAUGAGCCUGCAUGUCAGGAAUGAAUUAGUUCCAUUGCUCAAGAAUGCCGGGGCUAUAUGGAUUUAAUUAAGACCAAAGCGAUAGUUUCUAAAACCAAGAUUAUUAUAGUAGUUGCGUUUUAGAGCUGAAUAAGAUGGUUUUGUUUUGUAGUCAUGAUUAUGAUGUUAGUUAAUUAAGAUGAUUUUGUAGUCCUGCUACGUGGUUACGAUGUUGUACUAUAGUAUAUACUAUAUAUGCGGCCUAAACUUUUACUUUCUUUUCCAUUUCUUUUCUUUCCUCUUCUCUUCAAUGGAAUGCAUAAUAUGAAAUAUGAAUGAUGCAGAAUGAAUAAUUAACA